CUGGUGGAGCUGAGGUCCAUUAUUUUUCUUUUUAAUUCCCUUUAAAAAUAGUUUUCUCUUCUUUCUUAUCGUUCUUGUUGUCGGACUAUUUUAUGACUGAAAGUGGUUUCUGCAGGUCUCUAAUUCAGAUCUCCGGUAAUCUGAUAGUUCUGUCCUAUCCGCAUAAAGGUGAGGUUAGUUCUUGUUUUGAAGGUGGGGCUGAGGUCUCACCUGGCAGCAGCUCUGAUGCAGAGCCCCGCCCUCCUGCUUUAACUCACCUGUAACCUGAGCGGCCUCUCCUACAGCCGCUGCACCAUGUCGGGCAUCGCGGCCACCCUGCAGCACCAGCGGAACCAGGCCCAGGGAAUCGGAACCAACAGCCAUGCUGUCAAGUACCUGAACCAGGAUUACGAGGUUCUGAAGCAGCGCUGCUUAGAGACUGGCCAGCUGUUCCAAGAUGACACCUUCCCGGCUCUGGUCUCCUCUCUGGGCUUCAAUGAACUGGGCCCGAAAUCUUACAAGGUCCGGGGGGUGUCCUGGAAGCGACCCACGGAGCUGACAUCGGAGCCAGAGUUCAUCGUGUCUGGAGCCAGCAGAACCGAUAUCUGUCAGGGAGCUCUUGGCGACUGCUGGCUGCUUGCUGCCAUCGCCUCACUGACCCUAAACGAGGAGGUUCUGGCCCGAGUCGUCCCUCAUGGACAGAGCUUCAGGGAAGGAGAGUACGCUGGAAUCUUCCACUUCCAGUUCUGGCAGUACGGAGAGUGGGUGGAUGUGGUUAUUGAUGACCAGCUUCCAUGCAGAGAUGGAGAGCUGCUGUUCGUUCACUCUGCAGAGGGAAGAGAGUUCUGGAGCGCCCUGCUGGAGAAAGCCUACGCUAAGUUGAACGGGUGCUAUGAGGCUCUGUCUGGAGGAAGCACCACUGAGGGCUUUGAGGAUUUCACCGGAGGAAUCGCUGAGGUCCACGAGCUGAACCAACCCGAUCCGCACCUGUUCCACAUCAUCCAGAAAGCUCUGAAGCGUGGAUCACUGAUGGGUUGCUCUAUUGAUAUCACCAGCUCAGCCGACUCUGAGGCCAUCACCUCCCAGAAGCUGGUUAAAGGCCACGCCUACUCUGUGACAGGUGCAGCUCAGGUGGAAUACCAGGGAGACAUGGAGAAGCUGAUCCGUAUCCGAAACCCCUGGGGUCAGGUGGAGUGGACCGGCGCCUGGAGCGAUAACUCAAUGCAGUGGCGCUACAUCAGCGAUGAGGACCGCGAGCGUCUGAGCCAUCGCUCAGAGGACGGAGAGUUCUGGAUGUCGUUCUCCGACUUCCUGCGUCACUAUUCCCGCGUGGAGAUCUGCAACCUGACGCCGGACGCUCUGAACGAUGAUGAUGUUUCAAAGUGGGCUUUGUCCAAGUUUGAAGGCAGCUGGAGGAGAGGGUCCACAGCCGGCGGCUGCAGGAACUACCCCGACUCGUUCUGGACGAACCCUCAGUUUGUGAUCCGACUGGAGGAAGAGGACGAUGAUCCGGAUGAUGGCGAGGAGGGCUGCAGCUUUGUGGUGGGUCUAAUCCAGAAGAACCGCCGGCAGCUGAGGAAAGUUGGGGAAGACAUGCACACCAUUGGCUUCGCCAUCUACGAGGUCCCUGAUGAGUUUUCCAGUCGGAGGAACGUCCACCUGGACAAAAAUUUCUUUCUGCGCCACGCCUCCGCCGCACGAUCCGAAACCUUCAUCAACCUGCGGGAAGUCUGCAGCCGCUUCGUUUUGCCACCAGGAGAGUACCUCAUUGUCCCGUCCACCUUUCAACCAAACGAGAAUGGGGACUUCUGUGUCCGAGUGUUCUCUGAGAAGCAGGCGGAUUUCCAAGUGCUGGAGGAUCCUGUCGAGUCCCGAGUGGAGAAGAUCGAGAUCAGCGAGGACGACGUGGACGACCGGUUCAGACGUCUGUUUCAACAGCUAGCAGGAGGGGACAGUGAGAUCUCCGUCUGGGAGCUGCAGAAGAUCCUCAACAAGGUGGUGACCAAACGGUCCGACAUUGUAACCAGUGGGUUCAGCGUGCAGACCUGUCGCAACAUGGUCAACAUGUUGGACAAAGAUGGCAGUGGGAAACUAGGUCUGGUGGAGUUUAAAAUCCUGUGGACCAAAAUCGAGAACUACCUGAAAAUUUACAGGGAGCGGGACGUGGAUAACUCCGGGUCCAUGAGCUCCGUGGAGAUGCGGACGGCGGUGGAAGAAGCUGGGUUCAGCCUGAACAGUCCUCUCCAUCAGGUCUUGGUGGCCCGUUACAGCGAGCAGGAUCUCACCGUUGACUUUGACAACUUUGUGGGCUGUCUGGUCCGUCUAGAAACCAUGUUUGACAUGUUCAACACACUGGAAAAAGACGAAUCUGGAUGCGCGGAGCUGAACUUAAUGGAGUGGCUCAACAUGUCCAUGCUCUGAAGAACAGCCGGGUUCUGGUUCUGAUCCAGGAUGUAUGACGCAGACCCAGAUGGAUGUUUUCUUCGUUUUUUUUUUUUUUUUUUUGUAAACGCUCAUGUAACCAAUAAUGAAUAAAUAAUCAAUAAAGUGA